UUGAUCAGUUUUGUUGAGGGAUGCUCGCCUUAUACAUAUUGAGAAAUAAAAUUACAACAUGUAGUAUUCACUUUGCUAAAGCGUGUCCGUUGUAUUCGUAUUGUUGAGGGCAUUGUACUGUAAUAUUUCACCUGGCACGAGGUCCUUCGGAUUUAUACUCGGUAAAAAGCGUAUAAGCACCACAUCUUAUACCACUUAUAGGUACCACCACAUCCUCAGUUUUCGUUUUGCAGCUGGAACCUCAAUUUCCGGACACCGCUGACACCAUCGCAACGGAUUGUUUCACGCUUUUGUGGCACCCGCAGCAGACAUGGCCACUUCCGGUCGUAAGCAGAUCCUGGUGGUCACCGGCCCCGCCUACGGCCACUUGAUGCCCCUCCUCUUGUUAUCCCGCAAACUCGCCGCCCACCACCGCCAUUCCAUCACCUUUGCAGUAUCCCGCCACAAAGCUGAAGAACUGGCCGAGGCCGAAUUCCGAGCUGUCCCCGCGGACGAAGACCUCCACCUCCUCCCCAUCGAGGACCGCCUCCAGGAGGACCUCGGCCACGACGACCUGGUCGGCGCCUUCCACGCCCUGAACCACGUGAUCAACCCGGCUGUCGAGGACUUUAUGCGGGAAGUGGCCGCCAGUGUCGAAGCCGCCGGUGACGCCCCGAUCCGACUGUCCAACGGGGAGACCAUCCGGCGUCCUCCUCUUCGACGUGUCCCUCACCGGGCCGGUGAUGCGGCACCGCCUUUCCGGGGUGCGCUACUACUUCUUUCAGUCGUCGCCCAUCAGUCUGGUGCGCUGGUUCCUUCUCUUCACCCCGGACACCCGUGUGGUCAGCCCGGCGGAGCACCAGCAUUCCACGAGCUUCCGCCGGCCGGGCAGCCGUUGGCCGGGCAAAUGGCCGGCGUUAAGGAGCUGUUGCUGCCAAUUUCGGAGCUUCUCCCGGAAGUUGACGGGAUCAUCUGCAACUCCUUCCGGGCGAUGGAACGGGAGGAAAUCGGGAAGAUGAACCGGGAGCGACCGGAUAUGGCCCGAGUGCCGGUGUACUGUCUGGGGCCGUUUAUCCCCGAGGACUCGUCGGAGGCCGAUUCCAAGCCGGAGAAGUGGUUGAAGACCAAGGAGGCGCAGUCGGUGGUAUAUGUGUCAUUCGGUUCGAUCGAUUUUAUGGUGCCGGCAGCCGAGCAAUUAGCGGAGAUCGGGAAAGCCCUCGUCUCUGUGAAAAAGCCGGUUUUGUGGUCCCUGCGCGCCGGCCACGAAGCGCAGCUCCCACCGGAAGUCGCCAGUCACCCGGACUUCCUCAUCCUCCCCUGGGUGCCACAGAAGCGCGUGCUAGCCACGCCCCAGGUGGCGGUCAUCCUCAGCCACUCCGGCUGGAACGGGACGUUGGAGGCCCUCAGCAACGGCGUCCCCAUCGUUUCCUUCCCCAUGUUGGCCGACCAGUUGAUGAUCGGGACAGCCAUCGAGAACCAAGGGGUCGGCGUCCGCCUCCGGGGAACGGGCUACAAACCAGAACGCCUACUUCCGGCCGAGGAGAUCGCCCGCGCGCUGCGGGAAGUCGGGGAGUUUGAGGAAAAAGGGGAGGGAAAGUUCCAUCAAAGGGCACGGGAGGUCAGGGAGCAGAUUGAGGAAGCCAUGACGGAGACCGGGACGUCCACUGUGGAAUUAGCCGAGCUUGUCAAAUCUUUCGAUAAAUAACGGUCUCGAUAUGUCAUUUAUUAUUUUUACAUUCCCUUGGAGCAUCUUUACAUCUUGCAGUUUCUUUGAAAUAUUUACUACCGUUUUAAAGGUUUUGUAAUUUUUCCUUCGACAGGCUUUUUUUAGAUAUCUACAUAUUACAGUAUACCAUUUUUAAAUUCUCUAAACACGUUUUACAUAAAAACGUUUUACGUUUUUUCGAAUUGUCCAGAGUAUUUUUUGAGUAAAUAAAUAUUUUUGGAGUAUUCCAGAAAAGUUUUGCUUAUUUUGCAAGAGUUUUAGAAUAAUCAAGAAUUUCUUAAUGCUUUAUGACUGUUUUAGACAUUUUUGGAUUAUUUUUAGAAUAAUUUCGAAGUUUUCGGAAUAUUUCUAUAAUAUAUUCAGAUAUUUCAAAAAUAUCCCAUUAUCAAGUGUAAAUUUACUUUUUUGAAAAUACUAAUCAUUCCUUCUGGUGAAAUAAUAAUUUAAAAAAAUCCUGAUAAUUAUCUGAUAUUAUGCUGCAUCAAAGUGCGUGUAUAAACUCGGCAGAUACAGAUAUCAUUUCUGAUUAAGUAUACUUGUAUUCCUAUUCGUUCCGGGAAUAAACUGAUAAAAUUGGCACUGACUCUAUCACAUUAUUCUAUUCGUAUAAAGCAUAUAAUAUUAGUUUGAAAAAUGAUUAUAUCACAACAACUGCA